UAGAUAGUGGAAUACACUUAGUUCCACAUAACAUGCUCUUUGCAUACCUGUCAUUUCCCUCCUUUGGUACCUAGUUGCCCCCUGGGGAAUCAGAUGUUUUGUGAAGUGACAAGGAAAGAAGUUGCAUUGGUUGGCAUUUGUUCCCAAGUGUGUGUUUACAUGUUGGUUUGCUUUUUAAAAUACAGAUUAAAGGGAGGCGGAUAUAGUGAAGCAGCAGUAAUCCACAGCAGUAGAAAAAUGUAAGUAGCUGCAAAGAAAACUUUCCCAGGGGGGAAAAAAAGCUGCAACGCCUGUGGGCAGCCAGUGAAGAAUGGCCAAUAAGAUUCAAGCACCAUUCCUGGAUGGCUCCUGUUCUGACCCUGCGGAAGAUAGGGACUCGGAGGGUGGCAUUGUGACUAAACAUCAGGACUCUGGUAGCGAUCAGAGCGAGCCUAAGAUGGUUGCCAAAUGUUUGGGUGAGGAUGCUGAACCUUUGGAAAUGCCAGCAGAGCCUGCUGUUCCAUGCCAAGUCACAAAAAUGAAAGUGAAACAUGAAGAGGAGCCAAAAACGGAGGCAGCCUUGGUGCCACCUCCAGUGGAGGUAGCUGCUGCUGUUCCAGUGCCACCCUUGAACGAAGGGAAGGGAGCAAAACGGAUGAUGGAAGAUGAUGCCGAAGCUUUUAAAGAAAUGCCUGAUGUUUGCCAGGAAGCCAGAGAGCCAAGAAGGGCUAUGCUGCUGCCUGACCUCUUUGGAGAAGCCCAGGAAGCACACAGCAGUUUGGAUGUCAGCCGGGCAGGGGGCUGCACAAAGGUGGAACAGGCUAUUCCGUGCUUGUCCAACACAGUCUCAGAAAAUCAGCGCAAACGCUUUCGGGGUUUCGCCUAUAAAGAGACUGAAGGUCCCCAAGUGGCUUAUGAGCGGCUCCAGGAAUUGUUGUUCCAGUGGUUGAAACCAGAGGCCCGCAGCAAAGAAGAAAUAGUUGAGCAGCUAGUCCUCGAGCAGUUCCUGAACCUCCUCCCUGAUGAUGUCCAGAAAUGGGUCCGGGAGCGUCAUCCAGAAAAUGGGGAUGAAGCUGUCGCCUUGGCAGAAGACUACCAGUUUCUGCAUCCUGAGCCUGGACGGCAGCCCUAUCCGGAGAGAGCAAGGCAGCGGGCUUCAGCAAGAAGUUGGCUACGCUGAAGUCUCAGGAAUAGGCAGGCAGGCAGGGCUAUUUGUAAGGGAAGGGACCCUUAGGGGUAGGAAGUCUGGUCAGCUGAUGGCUGCCCUGCUCAGACGUUUGCUACUACUCAAAGCUAAAGAGACAUGAUUUCUGGCAGCUAUUGUAUUUCUUGUAUACCAAGUUCUAUAGGUGAUGCUUUGCAUGACAAUAAAAGGCUGAUCUAUUUGAAAAUGUA